UUAAAAAAAAAAAUUUCAAAAUUAAGUAGCUGCAAAACAAUUUAGUAUAGACGUAUUACCCCACGUUAUCACUUUGUGGAUGUCGAUGCCAAGCCAAAGUUUUUAUCAUAAUAAUCUGAACCGCCAGUUUUAAGUCGACCUACAGUUUAAAAAUUCGUCAAAAAGUCAUGUUUCCAAAUUAUUGCUUUACAAAGUCGGCCAGACAUUCGGGUUAUGAUGUUAUAAGGAGGGGUUGUAUCACCAGGGAUAGUUACCAGCGCAGCAGUGGUCGUUAUUCCGCUAGCUCAGUGAAGUCAGCAGCCAGGCAAAGGAGCCGUACUAGAUCAGAAAUCCGGAACUCCAGUGUAUCCUCUAGGAAGAGUACAAAAAACCAGAGGAAGGAUACGUCUUCCAAAAGCGUUGGGUUCAAGCUGAAACCUGUUAUUUGUCCAAGUACAAAAGAUACUCGCGAAUCCGGUGGAGACGAGGCUUCAAAGGAUAAAAUGCACUCUAGUCCCAGCAACGAUCCCAAUCGAGAUCUCCAGGAAUCCUUUGCUGAUUUCUUCAGCAUCAUUCACGACAAUGUUCUGGAGUCCGUACAGGAGGCUGUGGAGCGUAUGGUAUCGAAGUGCUUCAAGGAGUCCCUGACCAAGAUGGAGCGGUUGUCCAAGGAGUUACAGAACCAGGAGGCAAUGCUCAACAAAAUCUAUAGGGAUGUCACCAGCAAAAUUGCCGCCCAGAGUGAAACGAACUUAAACCAAUUCAAGUUUGUUACCCAAAUGCUUAUCGACAACCAAACGGUGCACUACAGGGCGCUCAAUCAGGCGAAGUUGAACAAGCAGCGGCGAAAAGAGGAGCGAGAUCAGGAUAAGGAACUGAAGUUAGAGCGUGAAAGCAAGCGGAAGUGCGGAUGCAUGGAAAAACAGAAUGAACGGGUUCCACAGAGCAGGAGUUGCAGCAAGGAUCUCUCAAAGAGAAGCACAGGUGGCGAUGCGUGCGUUCCACAGCAUCAGUUGUGCCAACAGCAGGCGCCCCUGGUCUAUCACAUGUGCCAGUCCUGUACGAAUCAGGAAACCAUGUCCAGGUGCAAAAGGUUAUCCCGGUCACCAUCGAAACAUACAAAUACUCCUGUAUUCCAAAGGCGAUCCACUUCUUACAGUAUGCCGGAUAUCUCGGGGCGCACUUCGUCCGUAUCCAGGCGGUUCAGUCAACCCUCCCGAAAGGUGUCCAAGAGCUGUUUAUCCCGAACAUCUAGCCAUAGACAGAUUGUAUGUCUGCCGGCCAUGACCUAUCCACCUUACGUUCGCAAUUGCCCGAUUCCCCGACGAAAAUUAGUCCGUAAAAAUGGUCAGACUAAUGGCAAAUAAAGAUUGUCUUUUAUCCAUUUUGAGAAACAGAAAAUCUGAUAUGACCUUCAGUU